GCCGGAGGAAGAUGGAGCUGGGGUAGCGCGGGGUGCGGGCGGAGCAGCGGGAGCAGACUCUCGCCCGAGCUCCGCUCCUGCGUUUGCGGCGUUAUCCUGCUCAAGGAGCCCGUUCCUGGCCGGGUGCUUGGGGCUGCUCGGGCAAGAGGCCGAUUUGGGCAGGUAAGACAGUGAGGUCUUUAACUGCUCCAGAAGAGUGUCUGGAAAGAAAAUGUCUCUGGCAAAUAUGUAUCAGGCACAUGAUACUGCAGAGCUCCAAAAUCAGAAGUAAAUCAGCUGGACAGUUGCCUCCUGUCUUCCUAAAUAGGCAAACAUACUAGGAACAGAAAAGGGGCCUACCUACCUCAUUCCUGGAGAAGGUGGGUUUACCAGUGUGGAUGCCUGCCUCAUUUGCUUCACCAAAAUGAGUUAGGGCAUGCAGGAGAGAAGGGGGAUUUCUGCAAGUAGAACCUAUCAUGAUUUCUCAGGGGACAAAAUUUUGCUUAUUCAUACCUUCUACUGUGGCAAAAAUGGAUUAUUUUCCUCACCAAAAACCAGCAGCAUAAUGCCCAUCCAACACCUGCCUCAAGGAACUCUUAUUUAAAGUCUAUUUGUAUUUCUCUGUAGCUGUGGUGCAAUCAAGAGCCAACCAACAUCAUCUGCUGCCAGUAGGAAAUCUCCAUGUCAGUCCUUACCCUUGGCACAGGAUAAAGUUGCAACUGAGCCUAUGAGGAGGAAUUAACAGGAAAAAUCCAAUUCAUGUUCAAAGAUGGAUUCCUUGUAGCCCACCAGCGAGUCCUGCUGCUGCUGCAUGUCUGGCAGCACCUCUGGAUGAGCACAUGACUCUUGAUAUGGAUGCAGUCCUGUCAGACUUUGUUCGGUCCACAGGGGCAGAACCAGGUCUGGCAAGAGACUUACUGGAAGGCAAGAACUGGGACCUGACGGCGGCUCUGAGCGACUAUGAACAGCUCCGGCAGGGCCACACGGCCAACCUGCCCCAGGCCUUCAACGAGGGCAGGCCCUGCCGGCAGGAGCCCGAGAACACGGCCCCGCUGCCCCGGGAGCGGCCCUGCCUACACAGGCAGGAUGACACAGCCCAAGAAAAGCGCCUUUCCAGAGGUAUUUCCCAUGCCAGCUCAGCCAUAGUGUCCCUGGCUCGAUCCCAUGUAGCAAACGACUGCAGCAAUGAGCAGUUUCCCUUGGAGAUGCCCAUCUACACAUUCCAACUGCCAGACCUCAGCGUGUACAGCGAGGACUUCAGGAGCUUCAUCGAGCGCGACCUCAUCGAGCAGGCGACCAUGGUGGCCUUGGAGCAGGCAGGCCGACUCAACUGGUGGUCCACAGUGUGCACCAGCUGCAAGCGCCUGCUGCCCCUGGCCACGACUGGAGAUGGGAACUGCCUCCUGCACGCUGCCUCUCUGGGGAUGUGGGGAUUCCACGACCGGGACCUGGUGUUACGGAAAGCCCUCUACACCAUGAUGAGAAGUGGAGCUGAGAGGGAAGCACUGAAAAGGAGAUGGAGAUGGCAGCAGACCCAGCAGAACAAGGAGUCAGGGCUGGUGUACACGGAGGAGGAGUGGGAGCGGGAGUGGAACGAGCUGCUCAAACUGGCGUCGAGUGAGCCCCGGACACACUUCAGCAAGAACGGAGGCACCGGAGGGGGGGUGGAUAAUGCAGAAGACCCAGUGUAUGAGAGCCUGGAAGAGUUCCAUGUUUUUGUCUUAGCCCACAUUUUGAGAAGACCUAUUGUUGUAGUAGCAGACACGAUGUUACGAGACUCAGGGGGAGAAGCAUUUGCACCGAUACCAUUUGGAGGAAUUUAUUUGCCACUUGAAGUUCUCCCAAACAGAUGCCAUUGCUCACCUCUUGUGCUGGCCUAUGAUCAGGCCCAUUUCUCUGCUCUUGUUUCCAUGGAACAAAAAGACCAACAGAGAGAACAAGCCGUGAUCCCCCUGACUGACUCUGAACACAAGUUACUGCCUUUGCACUUUGCGGUCGACCCUGGGAAAGACUGGGAGUGGGGAAAAGAUGACAAUGAUAACACCAGACUGGCCAACUUGAUUCUGUCUCUUGAGGCAAAGCUUAACCUUCUGCACAGCUACAUGAAUGUAACGUGGAUACGCAUCCCAUCCGAGACACGGCAGGCCCCUUUGGCUCAACCAGAAUCCCCUACAGCUUCAGCUGGGGAAGACGUGCAGUCUCUGGCUGACUCAAUGGACUCGGACCGAGAUUCCAUCUGUAGUAAUUCCAAUGGCAAUAAUGGCAAAAACAGUAAAGAAAAAGAAAAGGACAAACAAAGGAAAGAUAAAGACAAAACCAGGACGGAUUCAGUUGCCAAUAAAAUAGGAAGCCUCAGUAAAACCCUGGGAAUUAAACUCAAAAAGAACAUGGGUGGUCUUGGAGGGCUGGUGCACGGCAAAAUGAGCAGAGCCAAUUCAGGGAAUGGAAAAAAUGGGGACACAGUAGAGAAGGUCAAAGAGAAGAAGUCCAAGUCUCGAAAAGGGAGCAAGGAGGAGUCAGGACAGUCUGCGAGCACGUCUCCGUCGGAGAAGACCACCCCGUCCCCCACGGACAGAGCCAGCAGCUCCCCCACGGACAAGGGCAGCGCCAAACCCUUCCCUGACAAGCAGGCUGACCCCUGGAAGUACAGCACUGACGUGAAGCUCAGCCUGAACAUUCUGAGAGCUGCCAUGCAGGGUGAACGGAAGUUUAUUUUUGCCGGCCUUCUCUUGACCAGUCACAGGCAUCAGUUCCACGAGGAGAUGAUUGGUUAUUACCUGACCAGCGCCCAGGAGCGAUUCAAUGCAGAGCAGGAACAGAAAAGGAAGGAAGCUGAGAAAAAGGCCACACUGAAUGGCUCAUCUGGUAGGAAACUGGAGCCAGAAGCAUAUUCAAAAGAAAAAUUGGAAACAUCUCCUCAGGAUAGGGCAUCACCCGUCUUGCCUCAAAGCCAUACAACCCAGCUGGUUUUAAAGUUCAAAGACCGCACUAGUCCCACCCCCGGGCCCUUCUCCUCCCCCAGCAGCGGUGCCAAGAGGAGUGGCCCCAUCCCGGUGUCUGCCCACUACAGCCAUACUCCCCCCGUCCAAAGGCAGAGUGUCAUCCAUUUGCAUGACGUCAACUCCAAGCCAUCGAGCUUCCAAGACGACACCUACAAGCCAGUGGUGGGCACCUUGAAGACCUGUGCCACCUACCCCCAGCAGAACAGGUCCCUGUCCUCCCAGAGCUACAGCCCGGCCCGGCUGCCCGGGAUCCGCACGGUGAACACGGUGGAGUCGCUGAGCUGUGCCCUGCCCGCCGAGCACAAGUCCCAGACCUACACCAACGGCUUCAACACCGCGGACAUCAGGGACUGCCUGGAGUACGCGGACGAGGACGCUCCCCAGACCUGGCUCAACAACGACAAAAACCAAGGCAGAAGCACAGUUUGCCCAAUCUACUCCAUCCAGCAGAACCGCUGUAAGAAGGAGAACUGUUCCUUUUAUGGUCGUCCUGAGACUGACAAUUACUGUUCCUACUGCUACAAGGAGGAGCUGAAGCGCAGGGAGAGGGACAGCAAGGGACACAGGCAUUGAGGAUUCUUCCUGACUACUUAGUUUUACCAUUUUCUUACUUACAAAGUAAACAGUGUUGGAUUGCAGUAAAAGGAAUCCUUAAAACAAGAAUAAAGGAUUGAUGAGUAAAUAGUGUCUAGCUUUUCGCUUUUCCGGGGCAACGAGGAAAUAAUAGGAUUAAUUUAUCAUAAAAAAAUAUUAUUUUCCAUUUUGUCAGUGUCUUUUUUACAUAUACUGGUAAGCUGAAGGGUUGUUUACUCCUUUGUCAGUGCUGUGUAUAUGUUUGGUCAAAAAUUUACUAAUGGUGCCUGAAUUUACACUGACAUCACUCAGGUAGUAGAAUGAUAGGGGCAAGUCAUAAUAACAGAGAUGUGGUGUUGUGGUAGGGUAGUGUCUGCCUUGCAGACAUUUGAAAUGAUAGAGUUAUUGUGAGAGUCUUUUUUCCUCAGUAAAACCUAAAUUUUUCAUAGCCUUUUUUUUCAGGAGGGUAGUGAUUUUGCAUACUGCACAUUUGUAACAUGGCAGCAUAUUGCAUUGCUACUAAUGUUUGUACUUACUUCAGUCUGAAACGGAAUGGUUCUGGAAAAAUGGGAGUGAAAGGUCUGAAUUCAUGAGGGCUACAGCUCUUCCUAAUUUUAAGUUCUUACCAAUUAUUUCUACAUGUCCAUUAAAAAAAAAAAGAAGUAGAUUUGAAGCACUUUUAUUUGCACUGAAUUUUUAAACAGGUUUUAUAAAAAAAUUCAUUAUGACUUUCAAGACUUCAUGUCCCAAAACCCCCACGUAGUAUAGUUUUGGGCACCUGAAUUUCAAAAGUAUUUUCAUUGCUGUUAAAAUGCAGAUGAAUAUUAAAAUAAAAUUAAAAUAUAAAAAUUUUAUUACAUUUGGAAAAUUUGAUGACCAGCUAGGAAAUUUUGGAUCAUUUUAGAUCUGAAUGAACUGCUUGUCAAAACAAAUGUAAUGUAUCAAUUUAUUGCCUUAGCUAGUGCACGAACCUAAUCAUUAGUUAUUUAUUCAUUUCUCAGCAUUACUGAGUGAUAAUUCUUGCAAGCCUAACUACGUGAGCCUUUCUUGAAGACUGUUGGCUCCACCUAUUUCCAAGUCUUCUCCCAGAGUGAGUCAUCUCCACCCAGGAGGUUCCCAGAUGGCUGUAAAAUACCUCCAGCAGGAAUGGCAGCUCCGAGCACAGAUUUGCACAAGCCUGAUAUCCAAAUAUUUACAGAAGUAUUUGCAAUACUUUUGAAAAUAAAACUUAGCUCACAGAAACGUUUCUGUAAAGAGAUGCUGGUGAAGUAGAUGAAUGACACGAGAAGGUUUCCUUGAAGGUUUUGCCUUCACCCUCCACCAUCAGUGGCACAGUGUAGGAACAAGAGCUCAGUGGCUCAUUUACUCUCCCCUUACACACGGGGCUUUUAUAAGAGCUAAUUUUCCACCAGCAGGUGAAGCACUGCCUUCAGGACUUCCUCUGCCACCCAAAGGUGCACAACAUGAGUUCUGCCUUCCUCACUGUGGAAUAGCACUUUUCUGGCCCUCAGAGGAAAGAUCCUUUGCCAAAGAGUCUUUGUUUCUGAUUCUUUUUCUGCUGUACCCCAAUUUUUGCUCUUAACGUGGGUGGCACCAUUUCACUGGUUAAUCGGGGUUAACCCUAAUCAACCCUGAAACCAAGCCUAAAGUCAUCUGCAAAACAGGAUGCACAAACUUCUGUUGCCAUGUGCUGGCUUUGAGGAAAAGCACAUCAGCUUUUUCUGAUGUCCCACCGAAAUUGGUGGAACUGAGCAUAUGCUUAAAAGUGACUGUAUUUUUAGGUUUUCUGCUGAAUGGUAGGUCUCAGAAUAAGUCCCUAAAAAGUGAGGGUCUUUGCCAUGUUAGGUGUUCCAUGAAUCCAGACCUGUACUUCACAUUCCUUGCUGUAUUCUGAGCAUACACUGAGUCUCACUGACCUUGCCUUCCUUCCUGAAAGGGAAAUGCUGGUGUGUGUUAAAGCUCCGUGUGACUCCUGUCCCCAAGGUAAGCACGUCCCAAACCCCUGUCUCUAGCUGCACACACUGGUGAGCAGUGCCCUGUUUGGUUUGCUGUGAUUACACCUAAUUUCUAAUUGUCAAAGACAACUGGGAUUGCAGAUUAUGCUAAAACAGGCCAAUCACGUAAAAAGAAAUCAAAUAUUACACUUGAUUGUGUUUGCUGCGGAGACUGAGAAAACUGGCAGGAUAAAACUUCACAAAAGCCAGAAAUAUUUAAGAAUUCUUAGGGCAUUAGAGUAGCAGUAGCAUUUGAUACUCUGAGAAUCACUUCUGUGUAAAGCUGUGCUUUAGAAAUACAUUAGCAGCAAUCCACACCAGCCUGUGUAUUUGAGUGAGUUGUAUCUUUCUCAGUGAGGAAAAAAGUAACAGCACAUAUGUAAAAACAAGCAAUUACCAUGAGAAUUCACUGUUUCCCAUUUUUUAAAGGAUUUGUUUCUAUAGUAUGUUUUUAAGAUCUCCUACUCGUAAAAGAAAGAGAUUUACAACUGGUCAGCAUGUAGAUAAAUUACUCUAUUCUAAAUUAUUGAAUACAUUGUAUGUUAGAUUGUUUUGAAAAAUUAAUCGGUCUUCUGAAUAAUAUCAGGCUUGUCUCUAUAGGAUACCAAACCUGAGUGUUCAUUGUCAUCCUCAGGACACUCAGAUAUUUCCAUAAAGAUUUACCACUUCUGGAUUGCUCAUUUUAAAACAUGUGUUAUAUGAAAUACUGUCAGAACACCUUUCAGUUGUGCCCGUUUCCUCAGAAUCCUUUUCUUGGAAUAUCUUUGAAUAAUUUUCUAAUUGCUGGUUUCUUUCAGAACUCUCUUCAAAUAUCCCACAAUUCUCUUGUCCCCUAACAUUUGCUAUUGAAAAGAAGUUGCAGGCCUACAAUGCAAUUUGCCAGUUAAAAUCUACCCGUAAUUUCCUGGUAGUUCUCCUUUUUACUGGAUAUUUAGUACUAAGGGGGGGGGGGUGUUCCUUCUUUUUCUUUCUGAGCUCUUUGUGGCAGUUGUCUGCAUAAUGCCCCAGUUGGCAUUGAGCAGUCCAAACCUGCAGGAACAGUGCCUCCUCCUGAAGGAGUGGUUGUCCCAUUAGAAGAAAUCUCCAGCUAUAAAAGGAAAUUUUCUGCCUGUUUUUUUAGAGAUAAUUCCCAAUGAGUUGCAUUCACCAGCACUGAAAGAAAUUGUGUCAUUCCUCAGCUGUGUGUGAGAGGCAAUAAUCUCCAUACAUAGUUUUCUGUUGCACUAUCUGCUAACCUUUGACUGCUCUUUUGGUUUAUUUUUCCUGACAGCUGAAGGUAUCUGCAGCCCACAGGCCAGUCAGUCCUUCUUUGUGCCCUCUCUGUGCCCUCCAGACCUUGUGGAGUUACCUCCUAGUCCCAGCUGUACAGAAAUCAGGGUUGUUUUGGAGGGACCUGACUCAUUUCUUGUGUAGCUCAGGUGGCUGCAAUACUCACAGAUAGUUUUGCAUUUGAAUGUGCUUUUUUCCCCUUUAUCCUUGAUAGUGAUUCAACAUUUAGCACUGUUGUCUAGAUCUCUGCAGUACAGACUAAAUACUGGGUAGGCUACACCUUCCCAGAACAGAUCCAAAAUUACCAGGAGAUAUGUAGGUUGAGGGAAGCUGGAAUUCUUUUCAUGUGUGAAUGUGCAACUUUUCUAAUUUAAGAAAGACUUAAACCCAUUAUGCAAUUUUUUUGGUUUAUUCAUAAACUCUAAUACAAAGGUUUGUAACAGAGGAUGCCUGUGAUACAUAAUGGGUUUCAGUCACACUUUAUAUUAAAGUUCCAUUUAAAAUGCUUUAUAAGGAGUUGAUAAACCACAGUAUAUUUUCAGAGGUGGGUAUCAGUUGUAGCAUAUGGAUAACAAGCAGCUCAUUCAGAAGAAGGUUUUGCAGGUUAUCAAAAGUAACUUCAGGUAUUUUGGAUUUUAAAAAAUUAACUUUUUGUUCUAUAAAUGCAAUGGGAAUAUUGUCCCAGCUUUCUUUAGCAAUUAGUUGCUUCUUCCUAAGUCAAAGGUAACAUUAAGGGUAUCAGUGAAGGAAAGAUGCUGUACUUGAAAAAUUUUGUGUUGCUUAUUUCUAAAGAAGUCUAAAUAGGCCAAGUGAAGUCUUCAGAGUCAUCUUUUCUCCAGCUGAACACUGGUGUGAGCAGAGCUCCUGGGUCCAGAAGGACUGAGGAGACCCCCUGGACAUCUGAGGCAGGGUCAGUCCUUGCCCGGGGCACAGUCAGGGUCAUCUACUUCUCGUGUGAUGAAUGUGUAGAUAUCGAAAAUGCACAGCACAGAUCUGACAAAAUACUGCCCUCCAACUCUCCAAUUCUGCAAACACUUACACUGGUGCUCAACUCCACCCGCCUGAACAGUCUCCUGACAGCAAGGAGUCUGCUGCUUUUCAGAAACUUCCAGAAAGUGUCAAGGAAAAGCGUGAAUGUUUUUAUCAAGGCCUGAGCCUUCAGCCAGUGUCUGUUCCCCACAGGCUGCCUGAUGUUACUCUUCCAGCAAGAGAAUCAAUGAGAAUUUUGCCUGAGGAGUAGAGGGAAGCCUUAGGCCUCUUUGGGCUAAAUCUGCUGUCCCCUGAAAUCUGAGGACAGAAUCCCAUUAGCAGUGGGGGCCUUAAAUCAGGUGCUUCAUUGACAUGUAAAAUACUUGCAAGCUGGACAUGAAAGUGGAGUACAAGCUCAUAAGGGAGUAAGGUCUUCAUAACACUGGGAGAGUUUUGCACAGGUGAAAACCCAUAUGUUAAUAGAAACCACAAUAAUCUCAAACUUAGGUCCAGAGAAACAAAAUAACUGAUGCUGAUUGUAGAUUGCUUUUCAGCUUAGUAUAUUUGAAGUCUCUGUCAGUGUAUUUGAAGAGUAUUUGUUUUAGAGAAUGGCAGCUUACGAGGAUCACCAAACAUGUAUAGCAUAGGAGUGAAAUUAUUUCAGUAACAGACACUAGUAUCUAUUUUAAUUUGCACAUGGAUUUUCCAGUGUAUAUGACUAAAACACUGUAUUGUUAAAAAUAAGAGGAAAAGAACACAAAGGUGUUUGUAAGUAUGUUCUAUUUGUAGACUUAAGGCUGUAUUAUGUUGGAAUUUUACAAGCCAAGUUUAAAUUGUAAUAUAGAAAUUAUUUUUAUAUUAUUUUCAAAAUACGCUACAGAGCAAUAUUUUGCGCCUUUAUUAUAAACAGGGUCAUCAUUUUAGAGGUUCCUUUCAGAAAUGCUGGUAGAAAUUAACCGUGAAAAGAAAGCUUUGUAAAUGUAAUUGUUUCUAACUGCUCUGUCUGUUGUGCACAUCUAUAUCUAAUGUCAGUUGAAUAUACAAAUUUUUUUUAAUUGAAAAGCUUUAAAUUUUUCUUUAUAUAUUUUAGUACACACUAUUCCUCCCUAUUUAAUUCCAGUCCCUACCAACAGCCACUUUUAUAAACAGCUUCUGAAUAAACAUUCAUCUAAAAAUUUCCUUACCAAAUGAAACAUUUCUGUGCAGAUAUUGAUUGACUUGGGACAUUCAUAAUACACCCUGAACCCAUUACAGUAGGAUUAGUUUGCCUUUUUUUUUUAAAAAACAGAAUCAGAGAUUUA